GGCCUGGUCCCCAGCUGUGGGCCCUUGCGACGCCUGCGGUGGGGGGGCCCGGCCGGCGCCCAGAUGCGGCGGCGGCAGAGCGAAGCUAGGACGGCCGCGGAGGAGCCGCUGGAGGCGCCGGGAGCCCUUCGGCCAGGAGUCGCGCCACAGGUUGCCAUCCCCGCGCCGGCGCGCGCCCGCUGGAGAGGGCUUCUCGGUUCGCACGCGCGGUCCCGUUCCUGAUACUUACACCUACUACUGACAGCGGCAUAAACAUACGAUAAGUAUUUUCAAUUUUAUUCUUUCAUCUAGCAAGUAAAGCAUCAAUAAACCUUGUAUUGUGUUUUUUUCCCCUCAUUUCUGUUUAAGUUAAUAAGUCUAAAUUACUAUCUUAUUUUUAAUUUGCAUUUAUUUUCUAAAAAGCAGAUACUAUCAUUUCAUAUUUUUAUUGAGAAUAUUUUAGCUCCUGUUAUUGUCUUUCUAUAUAUUUUCCUCAAUAUAUUUUGUCAUGUUAUUUUCUUAUCAGUUUAGGUUAUCUGUUCGCUUAAUAAUGUGUACCUACCUAACGUACAAAUAUUUUCUUCCAACCUCUUGCUUUAAUUUUUAAUAUUUAUUAUUAUUUUUUGUUGCAUAGGGAUUUCAAAUUUUAUGUAGUCAAAUUCAGUUAUCUUUUUCUUUGCGAGUUCUUCCACAACCUCAAAUCCCAUAGCAAGUUAUUAUCGCAGAGUACUGGUAAAUAUUCCACUUUAUCGUCUAUUAAUGUUUCUGUUAUUGAUGUUUGCAUUUUUAAUUCUUUGAUGUUCUUGAAGUAUAUUGUGGAGUAUAUGGUAAGGAUCAGAGAGAAAUAAAUUCUUGCUAGUCACUCUAGUUGCUUAAAUUUUUUCCUCCCCUAUUAUUUUUUGAUGCCUGCUUCUUCAUAAACUAAUAUUUUAUAUAUAAUUGGUCUAUUUCUCCACGUUUUAUUUGUGUCCAUUUAUCUAAUUUUCAUGUUUGCCUUUAAUUAUUGUCUUAUAAUAGGUGUUACUGUCUGCUAGGGCUUCCACUGCUUCACCAGUACUGUGUGUUCUUUCCAAUUUCUAAAAAAAUUCAUCAUUUAUUAUUUGAGCUUUAUUUUAGGAUCACUUUCUUUUUCAGAUUUUUUUUUUUAACCCCAGCAAGAAUUUUGGAUUCAGUUCAGUCAAAAUGUUAACUUGAAGAGAGUUUUGGAUUCCACUUAUAAAUGUGUAUGUGUUAACUCUAAAGCAGAACCUGUAAAGAGAUGUUUACACAAGAAAGAGAGAGAAAGAAGUAAGCAGACAAGAUAGAGGAUUCCUGAAGAGUUUUAGGCAAAAUGAAAGACCGGCUAGUAGAACUUGUGGAGUUAACCAAGAACUAUGACCAGCAGUUCCCAGACAACGACGAUGAAUCUGACUCGUCCCCUGAGGACAUCGUGUUCGAGACCGACCACAUCCUGGAAUCCUUGUACCGAGACAUCCAGGACCUUCAGAAUGAAAACCAGCAGCUGACUGCUGACGUGAAGCGGCUGGGAAAGCAGAACGCCCGCUUCCUCACGUCUAUGCGGCGCCUCAGCAGCAUCAAGCGCGACACCAACUCCAUUGCCAAGGACAUCAAGGCGCGGGGCGAGAGCAUCCACCGGAAGCUGAGCGCCAUGAAGGCGCUGAGCGAGAAUGCCGAGGCCGAGCACGGCGCAAACUCGGCCGUGGCGCGAAUCGCGCGCGCACAGUUCAGCGCGCUCACCCGCACCUUCCAGGCCGCCAUGCACGAGUACAACCAGGCCGAGAUGAAGCAGCGCGAAAACUGCAAGAUCCGCAUCCAGCGCCAGCUGGAGAUCAUGGGCAAGGACGUGUCGGGCGACCAGAUCGAGGACAUGUUCGAACAGGGCAAGUGGGACGUGUUCUCCGAGAACUUGCUGGCCGACGUGAAGGGCGCGCGGGCGGCCCUCAAUGAGAUCGAGAGCCGCCACCGCGAGAUGCUGCGGCUGGAGAGCCGCAUCCGCGACCUUCACGACCUCUUCCUUCAGAUGGCCAUGCUGGUGGAGCAGCAGGCUGACACCCUGGACGUCAUCGAGUUAAACGUGCAGAAGACCCUCGACUACACCGGCCAGGCCAAGGUGCAGGUGCGCAAGGCUGUGCAGUACAAAAAGAAGAACCCCUGCCGGACCAUCUGCUGCUUCUGCUGCCCCUGCCUCAACUAGCAGGUGGCCUGCAGCCCGCCACACCCCAUCCCCGACGGGAAUGGGCCGGUAAGCACACUGGGAAAGAUUCUGACGCCAUCUGCACGGGGGUGAGUUGCCCUAAUCCCUAGGGUCCUCAGCCUUUAGAGAAGGAAAAAACUCGAGGUCCAAGAAUUCCAGCCUAGCUCGUACUAGGAACGAGGGUUGAUCCCACCCGCGUUGUCAUCAGUAAGAACUUAUGCCCACUAAGAUUUCGUGAGGUCAUUAUAUGGCACAUAGCACCCUUGCCUCUUAAAGGAAGACAAAUAAGGAACUGACGUUGUAGCCUACUCUAGGGUAGAUGGCCAAGGCAUGUUUGUAUAUGAACCUCUUAAGGAGGAAGUCAGUUCUGCAUCGGCUCACAGUAUGAACUCGUUGUUAAAACUUCAGUUCAUUUACCCUAUCCUAAAAGUACCUUGGUUCUGUUCAUUUUCAAGUGAACUGACCUUGGGAAAAACUGCACAUCUUCCAUUUCUGAUUCUUCAUCUGGUUUAUGCUAUGUGAUUUCCACCUGGAUGUAUAUCUUCUUUAUGCUCAUGUCCUCUACUUAUUAAAAUCACAUUUAACACUUACUCUAUCCUUACCUCUUUCCUUUUAAUGUCUUCCAUAAGAAUGUAUUUUGGGAUUUUUUUUCCAAAAAUUUUUAAGCACUGAGUAUUGAACAAGCACUCAAAUUGAAGUAUGGAUGUCACAUUUUAUAUAUAUAUUUCAUAAAUAAAAGUAAUUUAAAA